CAGCGCGUGCCGGACGCAGCGGCGCGCCGCGCGCUCGCGGCGCUCCCGCCGCGCUCGCCCCUCUCGCCGCUGUUCCCGGGCGGCCCGCUGUUCCCGGACGGCCUCGUGACGCCCUCGUGGAUCCGCAAGCACGGCGAGUACAUCCCGGCGGUGCGCCUUGCGUUCUUCUGCAUGCCGCCGGACCGCGGCGACACGCUCGCGAAGGACGCCGCGCUGAUCGAGGCGCUCACGGCGCUGCGCGCGAGCCUCGCGCCGCGCGGCACGCGGCUCGUGGCGGUGCUGCUGUGUGAGCCGGUGCUCUACGCGCAGGGCGUUGAUGCGCGCGUCGCCCAUGUGCGCCGCGCCGCGGGCCUCGACACGCGCGGCGCCGUGUAUGCGCUGAGCACCGCCGCGCACGCGGACCACGCCGCGUUCCUGCGCCACAUCCACACGCGCGUGCUGGCGCUCGCGCGCGACGUGUACCGGGAGCGCGCGCGCCAUGUGCGCCGCCACCGCGCGCGGUGCCCGCCGCCGCCGUCGGUCGUGCAGCCCGUGCUCCAGGCGGCGGCGCACGCGCAGCUGCUCGCGCCGGCGCAGCCGGUGCUCAGUGCGCCGGGCUGGAAUGUGCGUCUGUUCUUCAAGCUCGGCGCGCUGGCCGAGUGGCAGGCAGACUACGGCGAGGCGCGCGCCCUGUACGAGGACGCGUACCGCGAGCUCAUGGACGUGUACUUCCGCGCUUCCCCGGCCAAGCCGCCCGCGCGGCGGUGCGUCGAGGCGCAGGUCCUCGCCGACGCCCUCGUGCUCCGCCUCGUGCGCCUGCACCUCUAUGCGCAUGCGCCCGCGCGCGCGCGCGCGCAGCUGGAGCAGCACAUCGCCGCGAUCGACGCCCAGUGUGCCGCAUGGGGCCUCGCGCCCACCGCGCCGGAGCGCUGGGCGUGGCCGGCCAAGGCGUACGGCCUGCUCGCCGAGCUCGCGCACGAGGCGCAGCGGCCGCCCAGCGUGCACGGCCUCGACGAGGGCCUCCUGUACUACCACGCGGCGCUGUGCCACCUCGAGGCCCUGCGGUGUGCGGCGCCGGCAGACGCCGCGCGCGGCGCGGCCGUGUCGUGCCUGAGCGCCGCGUACGACGCGUUCCGGCACACGCAGCGCGCGCGCCUCGCGCACUGGGCGGCCGUGCGCCUCGCGCAGGCGUACCUGCCGGCCAAGCCGGCGCAGGCGCUCCCGUUCCUCGAGCGCACGCUCCGCUGGUACCGCCGCGACGGGUGGCCGAUGCUGCGCGCGCGCCUCGCGCUCACGGCGCUCGCAGCCGCGCUGCCAUGCGAGGACCGCGCCGCCGUCGCGCGCCUC